GAACACAUUUUCAAACGAUAUAAAGCACUGGGUACAAAAAAAUAGUGUUUAAUAUAAUAUUUUAAAGAAAAACUAAAAAGGUUGCAUCAUUUACUAUUACAAUGUGGCUUAAGAUUUUCAGAUUUUUUUGUGUACUACUGUUGAUUAUUCUACCAAAAGUUUUAUCAAGUAGUUCUCAAAACGAAAAUGAAGAGAACUCAAAUAAUGAGAGUAUUAAUUGUUUAGAUAUCAUUAAUAAAAUUAAUAUAUUCGCAUCUAAGGAGCCUGCAUCAAAAGUCGUAUACAUACAAAACUGCACAAAAAUGAUUGAUAAUACCUGUUGUUUUGAAACAAAACAACUUAAAUUCCAUCAUUAUUUUCAUCCUUUUGAUAAUUCAUCUUUUAUAAACAAAGCUAAUGAAUUAAAACUUACCUUCAAAAAACCUAAGGCACCAGUGAACUUAAAACCAAAAAUUUUGAAAAAAGCAGUUCAGACAGAACACAAUCUGCUAAACAAUGAUACAAAUAGUAUGUUUGUACUUCUUUCUGUAUUACUUACAAAUUCCGAAAAAAACUAUAUUGCAAUACGAAAUUAUAUUUAUGAAGAAAUUGCGAGAAAUGAAAAAAUUAAAAAUGUGUUAAAAGCAAUAACCCCAGAAAAUUACCUGAAAGUUAGAGAUACACGAGAUAAGGGUAUUUUUGGUACUCAAUUAGAAUUACUUGCCGCCUCACAUGUAUUUGACGUUUGCAUUUAUCUUUACAUGCAUGGUGAAAUUAAUCAUUACUGGGUACUUUUUGAUAAGGAAUUGCCAAAUAUUGAUAACAUGGAAAAUAAAAAAUGCUUAUACAUAGCACAGACUUUUACAAAAUAUUAUUAUUAUCAUAUAAAAGAUGUUCUUUCAUAAUAUUUCAACAAUAAAAGUUUUCUUACAUAAAAUUUAUAUAACUUCAUAAUUAAUAGUAUGUAAUAUUAAACGUUUUAUGGAUUUGUAUUAUUGUGAUGAAAUAUUUUUAAAAUUACUGUUUUAUUUUUUAUUAUGUGGAGUGUUCAAUAAAUAAAGAAACAUGUCAAUUGUUACAAACAAUGAGCACAAUAGACACCAUUUUCCUUAUUUACUGAACACCCUAAAUAUAAAUUAAUCUAUAACAACUAAGUGUUUAACGUUGAAUCUAAAUACACCAUUUUAUUCGCCACCAAAAAAUCCAUAAGGCUGAAAAUCAUCACUAAAAGUUACGAUAAACUGUAUUGAAAAUAAACUUAUAAAAUAAAAUAGCAAUUUUUACGAAA